AAAGUUGCCUGCGUGCCGUUACGCUGUGACGACAUGGAAGAGCAGCGGGUCCCGAUUGCUGCAGCCGCUUGUCAUUGUGACGAAGAUUGGCACUAAGUUUGGUGGAGCUGAAGAUCAGCUUUAUAGAAUGCCCAAGCGUUGUCCACAGCAACAGUAACUAUGAUGACAUCCCCAUCGGUGUCCAUGGAGGAUUACCAAGAGGCUGAGCAGAUGCAAGUGGGAGAGCAGACGGCGGGACAAGUGGAGGAGAGGUUGGAGGAAGAGGAGGAGGAGGAGAGAGAGGAAGAGGAGAGCGGCUCGGCUCCGUCCGAGCCACAAACUCCCAUGGAGGUCUACAAGACGGCCAUUUACAGACACCCCUUGUUCCCUCUGCUGGCGCUGCUCUUCGAGAAAUGCGAGCAAUCCACUCAGAGCUCGGAGUGCGUGACCUCGGCCAGCUUCGAUGUGGAUAUCGAGAACUUCGUGCGGAACCAGGAGAAAGAAGGCAAGGCUUUCUUCAGCGAGGACCCCGAUUUGGACAAUCUGAUGGUGAAGGCCAUCCAGGUGUUACGGAUUCACCUGCUAGAGCUGGAGAAGGUCAAUGACCUGUGUAAAGAUUUCUGCAGCCGCUACAUCGCCUGCCUCAAGACCAAGAUGAACAGCGAGACGCUGCUCAGCGGAGAGCCAGGAAGCCCCUACUCCCCGACACAGACACAGAUGUUCUCCUCACAGCCGCCGAGCUCCUUCUCUGGAGCCAUGAGUCCCCAAGGUAUCGUAGUGCCAGCGUCCGCUUUACAGCAAGGCAACGUUACCGUCACAGCUGUAAACCCCACACAGGUGGUAACAGGUGGUACGGUGUAUCAGCCUGUUACAGUCGUCACUCCACAGGGGCAGGUGGUCACACAGACGCUGUCGCCCGGAACGAUACGCAUCCAGAACUCACAGCUUCAGCUGCAGCUGAACCAGGAUCUAAACUUUUUCAGUCAGGAGGACAAUUCAUCUAAGGCCAAGAGAGGCAUCCUGCCCAAACACGCCACCAAUGUCAUGCGUUCUUGGCUCUUCCAGCACAUCGGUCACCCUUACCCUACAGAAGACGAGAAGAAACAGAUCGCCCUGCAGACCAACCUCACCCUGCUGCAGGUCAACAACUGGUUUAUUAACGCACGCCGGCGGAUCCUUCAGCCCAUGCUGGACGCCAGCUCCUCGGACACACCCAAGAGCAAGAAGAAGACGCCCCAAACACGACCUCUGCAGCGCUUCUGGCCCAACUCCCUCGCCUCCUCUGUGUCCCAGCAACAGGUCACCAUGGAAGACGGCACUACGGUAACAGUCGGUGUGGGCGAGGACGGCCUCCAGACGCUCUCGUCAGAUGGAGCUACUCUGGCCAUGCAGCAGGUCAUGAUGGGAGGUCACAGCGAGGAGGAUGAUGAUGACGAAGAGGACGAAGAGGAUGAGGACAAUGAUCCCUCCCACUCCGACAUGACCAGGCUGGGCCUGGAGACCAGCGACUCGCUGUAGUAGGACUGAACGACUCACACACACACACACACACACAGUUAACAUCGAGAGAGACAUUUAAGGCGCAUCAGAGCACUAAGAAAGAGACAUUCACACAAUCACCUCGGCUGACGUGUUGAAGGUCACAGAACAUCCUCGAGCUGUCAAACAGCGCGUUUGAAGUACAGAGAAAGGGCUUAAAGCCACACACACACACACACACACACACACACACAGGUCAAAAUGAAGACACAAGCACAAGUCUCUCUCACGGCGGAGCGCACGUAUCAUUUCCGACGCAGUUAGCCGAGUGCACUUUUUGUAUGAUACUGUAAACUUAAAGAAAGUGUUCAAAGCACAUUUUGAAAGAGCUAAAAGGAAGGAAAUUUAAAAAGUAAAAAAAAUAUGGAUGCUGGAUGAUUUGGUUGUACUCAUCCUCGUGUUCUGGGAUGCUACGACGAUGAGAUUUCGUCUCUUGCAUGCCUGUGUUUGCUUUAAUCAGGCACCAGGAAAAAGAAGGAACUAUUUUUCUAGUACACUGUCACAAGUGAUCGGUGCCAAUUUGUUUGUUUUCUCCAUUUGUUUGUUUCGCUCUGGUUUGCUAUGUUUUGUAAGGAGUAUUUAUGUAUGAAAAAGACAAAAAAACACUUUUAACGUGCUCACCCUGUUUUGGAGGGGAUUGUGGUAACUACUUAGUACAAAGUACAAAGAAUGGCUAUCCGCUAAAGGCAUAGACUCUGAAGCCUUACGUUUUUACAUUUCUAAUGCCACAAUGUGAGACGCUCAUAUUUAUGGAAGCUUAUUUCCGCUACAGAAUAAAAAAAUUGUGAUAAUUGGUAAUGGCGGUUAUUGUCUCUUAAGAUUUGAGGUUAUAUCUCAGAUUUCUUUUUGGUUUUUUGGUCAGAAUUGUGAGUUUGUCACAAUUAAAUCUCACUUUUUUUGUCUUACAAUUCUUUUUUUUUUUAGCUUUUAAUUCUGAGUUAAUAUCUCAAAUAAAAAAAAAUUCCUUGAAAUUCUGACUUUAUAUCUUUAAUUCUCCAAUUAGUUUAUAUCUCACAAUUCAGACUAAUUCAGAAUAAUUCUGAGGGGAGGAAAAAGCAGAAUUGCAAGGGAAAAAAAAAUAAGUUAGAAUUAUGAGAAUAUAAAAUCACAAUUUUCUUUUCUAAUUCCAUAAAAUAAGCUUCCAUACAUAUCUGAUGUCACUUCCUGUGCAAUCGGCAUGGAUACCGUGUCCAAUAAUGAUACGUUUGCAAGGUUGUGAUAAUGUUUAUGAAACUCAAUGCCUGUAAUUGUUGUAUGAGAAGAAAAUGUGCUUUUUAAUGAUUCUAUUGCAUAAACUCAUAAAGUGAAACAGAGAAGGACGUUAACAAGACUUUGUAUUUAUGUAUAGCUAUUUUUUAGCAAAGGGACUCAUCGUUGAUGUUAAACCCCUUCAGCUCAAACAUUUAUGACAGAUUUUUUUUUUUUAUUCUGCAUCAUUAUGGACAGUUCAUAGAGUUUUUGCAAGAGACAAAUGUUUUCAAUAUUUAACGAUUGAUUGCAUGUGUUUUCAUUUAUCGUUGUAAAGAAACAUACAAUAUUAUUUUUUGAAACAUAAUGUAUGCUCAAUCAAUAGAAUCUUAUCAGUGUAAACCCAAUGAGAUUGGUACAGUCGAGCUGUUAGUAAACACCUGAUGAUAUAUUUCAACAAAAAAUAAGCCUCAUAUAGCA